AUGGAAGAGAGCUCGUUUGACACGAUUAUUCUCGGGACUGGGCUUACUGAAUCUAUCGUGGCUGCUGCGUUGUCCAAAGCAGGUUACAAAGUUGCCCAACUCGAUACUAAUUCAUUCUAUGGCGGCAACGAAGCCAGUCUAUCUUUUGAUGAACUCAUACAAUGGGCAGAUGCAAACUCCUCCUCCUUAGAUUCCCCGUUUAGCUCCAUUACUUACUCCACCAAGGUUCUCCCCCAAUCUCGUCAAUAUUCGAUCUGUCUACGCCCAUCCAUAAUACCAUCCAUGGGUCCUCUUAUAUCAUCCUUGAUAUCAUCGGGUGUAUCCAAGUACAGCGGCUUCCGCCUUCUGGAUUGUGUCAGUGUUUAUCAUCCUUCAGGCAUUGUCAAGAAUGUCCCUGCAAGCAAAGAGGACGUGUUCAAGAAUAACGAGAUAACCUUGAUUGGAAAACGUCGCCUGAUGCGGUUUCUGACAUUUGCUGCUGGGGAUUUUGAGUCCCAGAAAGAGAUCCAAGGGCAACAUGAUAAGCCAUUUCUUGAGUUCCUGAAGACAGCCUUCUCCUUGAGCGAUGACAUAGCUGGUGUCAUUGCAUAUGCGCUUGCUUUUUGCGUUUCCGAGGCAGACCCAACACUCCCUGCACUGCGAAGGCUACACAAGUACCUGCACUCUAUAGGGCGGUACGGUCCAUCCGCAUUUCUUGUUGGGCACUAUGGUGGCAUUGGAGACAUUGCCCAAGGAUUUUGUCGCGCUGCUGCAGUCCACGGAGCAACUUAUAUCCUUGGCCGAAGAAUAGAGUCGAUCACCCAUUCUGAACCCGGAGAUACACCCAACACCCGCUAUACGGUCCGCUUGGUUGACUUUCCUGAACCUCUCCAAUGUAAUCUUCUCAUUUCCUCGCCCUCAUACGUGCCACCUGAGUUGGCGAACGACACUUUUCGCCUUCCACCUUUGGUCUCCGAUCAAAAUUCUUUUUUCGUGGAUGUCAUUGCCCGCUGUACAGUCAUUAUUAACAAGUCCAUCUCCUUUGGAUCAAGGUCAAAGGACAACGCCUCUAUAUCUGACGAGGUCGCAGCUAGGACGGGUGUCGAUACUGGCGUUUUGGUAGUACCACCGUCAUCUGUUGCUGGAGGAUCAAGUACAAGUUCUGCGAUAGUCUUUAUUACAGGUGAAGGCAGCAUGUCGGCACCCAGUGGGAAAUGGAUUUUAUACAUUGCCCUGCCCGUACCGUCGUCGUCGGUGUCUCCCGAUUCUAUCCUGAAGCCAUAUCUACACGCCAUCCUUGCGCUUACUACUGAGCCUGUCGAUGUGCCAGCACAACCAUUGUUUACCAUGUUCUACCUUGAGACCUCCUCCGGUACUCGAUCAGAAAGAGGUGCAAGAAGGACUGAGGCAUCAUAUCUUGUUCCUCCGUGUCUAAAUUACGUUAGCAUUGCUGAACUGUCUGACACGGCAACAGUUCAUGCAGAAGCAACUUUUCGAGAGGCAUUGAAAGUACUCGGAACGUCUAAUGAUGAAGAAGAGUUUUGGCCCCCUGUGGAAGAUGAUCAAUCAGAUGACUGCCAAGAGAAAUGACGCAAGAGGAAACAAGAGCCUAAAUAGUGCCAAAUAGAUAUGUAUUAUAACUU